ACUGAAGACAAGAAGAAGGACAUCCUCAACUGGGUAGAUCCCAAGGACAAGUCCGGAGAGUUCAAGAGACAACAAUCCACCUUCCGUGACUUCAUCAAGAGUGACCCUGGUGCAGAGUUCCCUGCCGAAAAAGGCAGAUAUCAUCUCUAUGUAUCAUACGCAUGUCCUUGGGCACACCGCGCUCUGAUCGUCCGCAAGCUCAAAGGUCUUGAGGAUAUCAUCUCUUACACUUCUGUCCACUGGGAGAUGCUCGAGAAGGGUUGGCGAUUCGCGAAGCCCGAUGAAAACAUUCCUGGUGAUAACACCACACCGGAUCCGCUGCAUGAAGGCUACACUCAUCUCCGUGACAUCUACUUUGAGAACAACAAGGACUAUGAGGGUCGUUUCACCGUACCUACCCUCUACGACAAGAAGCAAAAUCGCAUUGUCAACAAUGAGAGCAGCGAAAUCAUUAGAAUGAUGUACCACGCAUUUGACGAUCUGCUUCCCGAAAAGUUCAAGAACGUAGACCUUCUUCCUUCGGAUCUCGAGAAGCGUAUCGAAGAGACUAACGAGUGGACUUACAACGACAUCAACAACGGUGUUUACAAGUCAGGCUUUGCCACUACACAAGAAGCCUAUGAGAAGAACGUUACGACUUUGUUCACGUCGCUCGAUCGCGCGGAAGAGGAGCUUGCCAAUUCCGGCGGUCCCUUCUACCUGGGUGACAAGCUAACCGAGCUCGAUGUGCGCCUCUACACGACCAUCAUCCGAUUUGAUGCCGUCUACGUUCAGCACUUCAAGUGCAACAUCCGCGACAUUCGCAGUGGCUACCCUAACCUGCACAAAUGGAUGCGUAACUUGUACUGGAACCACGAUGCCUUCAAGAGUACCACCGAGUUUACUCACAUCAAGUGCCAUUACACGAAGUCGCACAAGCAGAUCAAUCCAUUCUCGAUCACUCCCGUCGGUCCGGUACCUGAUAUUCUGCCUCUCGAUCAGGAUGUGCCUGCUGCUGCUGCUGCCAUUCGUACGACGAAUCAGUAG